UCCAGUAGUGGGUUUUGAAAGACACUGAGAUAAGAUUAACUAUGGAGAUGAAGGGAAGCAAUAUAGGGUUUGUGGUUACGAUGUUCGUGAUGGCUGGGGUUGUUAUCGGUCAAUAUGUCGAUCCGGACUUUGUCGAUGACUCACUUACUGAUGCCGACUUCACAACUUUCGAAAACUUUCGAAACCCUAGUCCUGCAAUCCCACCACAACAUCAAAACCCUAUUCCUGUUAUCCCACCUCGUCUUAGAAACCCUCUCCCUGUAACCUCACCACCUUCUCAAGACAUUCUACCUGUCUUCCCCAAGUCAUCACCUCCCCCACCUUUUCAUCAUGCUCCUCGAAAAGAACACUCAUGUCUGAGAAGAUGCCGGAAAAACUGCACCAACGACAAGGUGAUUCUUAGAAGGGCAUGCUUUGAGGCCUGCCCUUCUAAUUGCAGGAUUUUUCAUGAAGGUUCAAAAUCACUAAAAAAGUGUUUACUUUCCUGCAUUGAGGCUAUACCCACCUAUCCUGCCGCUGCUUUUGUUGCUGAAAAGAACCAUAUUUUAAAGAACAUGAAGGGCCAAUUGGAUACUUGCUACAAUAUCUGCAUAUCAAGAAUUAGAAUCGAUAAUUAGAUAUCGAAUAGUAGAAAAUGUAAGAGAGAAAUCCACUCCCAAACAAUAUUGGGAUGAAAUCUUUUUGUCUAAUCAUGAAUUGAAUAAGAUAAUUAUUGUCUUUCUGGACAUUUCG